AUGACCAAGAAGAGGAAGGCGGAGUGUCUUGAAGACGCUCAACCUCUCACACCAAUUUCAACAUCCCAUGACGAUGCCAAUACUGUCACCAUCCCUACGAAGCAACACGAUGGUCCCACGCAUUCCCGCAAGCCUCCACGCUCCAAUCCCUCCUCCACCGCCUCGUCUCGAGCAUCCAGCACCUCUCGCUCCAACCAGAAACCCAGCCGUAAGCCUGAUCUCCCUUGGCCCUCUGCUUUCAAACGCCUGUCCCAAACCCACCGCGCUCUAAACCUCGUAUACACGUUCUGCUGUACAAGGAAACACUUUGCCACCACUUUUGAGAACAUCAAGUCGGCUGUUGAGACCCAAACGGGCGGUAGACAGCUAACGAUUGAAGAUGUUGCAAAGGUCAAAGUGCUGAUUCCGCACGCAGUGAGAUUCGAGGUUGUAGAUGCGGGUGUAGUUGAUGUUCUGAGCGUACCAGAAGCAAGAGGGAGCAGGGCUGGCAGGGCUUGGGAUGAUUGGGAAACGGAGGAAAUGGGUGAAGUCGUUGAUAAUAUCACACAGACUCCUGGCGACAGUGGAGGCAAACAGAACGAAGUUUUACUGUUUGAGUUCGUGGAUGGGGAUCUAAAGAAAGAAAAGGCUACCGGGACUGCAUUUCGGACACCUUGGGAUGACAGUAUAAGGCUGCCGGCUUAUAACCAAAAACACAUGUUAAGUUUGAUUGAGAAACGGAAUAGAAAGUUUGCCGAGGCCAUCGAUACCUUUCUUGCUCGCUGCCAGAAUGAGGGCGUCGAUCCAGUAGCAAAACUCGAAUCUGAGAAAGAUAUGUUUCUACCUGUAUUCGGUGGACCUGGAACUACUACUCCCGCUGCUGCCAAAUUGCCUCCUCAAAUUCCAAAGGAGAGAAAAUCAGUUUCUGAAAUCCUCGCAGAAAUUCAAGAGCAAGAAUGGUAUACCGGUCAGGUUGUUCCAAAUGGGCAUCGGAUCUUCGAUGCUCAGUCACCCGUAUAUGGUGAUUUAAACUUUCAGCUCUCACAAAACGUGGUAAAUGCGCUGUAUAACACAAAGGGAAUCACACAGCUAUAUUCCCAUCAGGCUGAAGCUAUUAACAAUCUACAUGACGGACAUAACGUGAUCGUGUCUACGUCAACCAGUUCGGGAAAAUCCUUAAUAUACCAGAUCCCAAUGCUGUGCGAGCUAGAAAGGGAUCCUCAAAGCAGGGGAAUGUAUAUUUUUCCGACAAAAGCGCUCGCACAAGAUCAGCGACGGAAUAUGCAGGAACUGUUGCAAUACCUGGACGGGUUGGAGUAUACGAUGGUGGAAACUUUUGAUGGUGACACACCCAUGGAGCAAAGGAAUGCAAUCCGUGAUGAAGCCAGAAUCAUAUUUACCAACCCAGAUAUGCUUCACAUCACAAUACUACCACAGGAGGCAUCCUGGCGCACCUUCUUGAAAAACCUAAAAUUUGUAGUCGUCGAUGAGCUUCACGUGUACAAUGGGCUAUUUGGAUCCCAUGUGGCCUUCAUCAUGAGACGCUUGAGAAGGAUAUGUGCCUCUUUGGGCAACUAUAAUGUGAAAUUUGUCUCCUGUUCUGCCACUGUUGCCAAUCCAGAGGAGCACAUGAAGACUAUAUUUGGCGUUGACGAGGUCAAGUUAACCGAUUGCGAUGGAUCGCCUUCAGGCCGGAAGGAAUUCGUCUGCUGGAAUACUCCCUUUAAAGAUCCCGACGACCCUACUUCCGGCCGUGGCAACAGCAUGCUAGAGUCAGCGAGAUUGUUCUGCCAACUUAUCCUCCGCGGGGUGAGAGUUAUCGCUUUCUGCCGUGUUCGAAAACAGUGCGAAAUUCUCCUAAGCACAGUGAGAGAUGAAUUUCGCGCUUUGGAUCGCUCCAGUGUUGCCAAGUUCGUCAUGGGAUACAGAGGCGGCUACAGCCCCCAAGACCGACGUCAGAUCGAGCGAGAGAUGUUUGAAGGGAAAUUGUUAGGAAUUGUGGCAACUAAUGCUCUGGAGCUGGGUGUUGAUAUAGGGUCCUUGGAUGCAGUCAUCACCCACGGCUUUCCAUACUCAAUAUCUAAUCUACGUCAGCAGAGCGGGCGUGCAGGUCGCAGGAAUAAAGACUCCCUUUCGAUAUUAGUUGGAGAUAUGUACGCAACCGAUCAACACUACAUGCGAAAUCCUGAUGAGCUCUUUACGAAACCGAAUUGCGAAUUACAGGUUGAUUUGCAGAACGAGCUAGUUCUUGAAGGUCAUCUACAGUGCGCCGCAUAUGAAAUGCCUAUUCGCCCCGAAGAAGACAUCAAAUACUUUGGCACGCAACUUCCCCAACUCGCGUUCGGCCGGCUAGUACGAGACAAUAUGGGAUUUUACCAUUGCCAUGAACGAUUCCGGCCUCAACCGGCACGUUGCGUUCAGAUCCGCGACGUAGAACAGGAGCAUUACGCCGUCAUCGAUACAACAAACAAUCGCAACGUUGUCAUCGAAGAGAUAGAAGAUACGCGUGUAUCCUUCACGCUUUAUGAAGGGGCAAUAUUUCUUCAUCAAGGCCACACGUACAUGGUCAAGGAGUUGAAUACAGACCAACGGUUUGCCCGAGUUCUCCGUGUCCACGUCGACUGGACGACGCAACAGCGAGAUUUCACUGACGUCGACCCGAUAGAAACUGAGGCCAUAAGACCGUUAGGUGACGCUUCCAAUUGCCGGGCUUUUUUUGGUGCUAUUCAAAUUCACACUGUGGUUUACGGAUAUUUUAAAAUCGAUAAGAGAAACCGAAUUCUGGACGCUAUAGUGUUGGAUAUCUCGCCGAUAGAUAAGUUAAGUAAGGGUAUGUGGCUUGACGUACCCAAACAGGCACUUGAAAUUCUAGCAUCCCAUAAUUUGAACGCCGCCGCCGCCAUUCAUGCUGCAGAGCAUGCGGUCAUGUCGCUCUUACCAACAUUCGUGGUCUCAUCACCUGGCGACGUACGCACGGAAUGCAAGGUCGCAAUCAAAGAGCUCAAAGAGCCGUCUUCAGCCUCUUUGAGGGAUCACACCAAGCUUCCUCCACCUCCGCGCCGCCAACGACCCGGCAGAUUAACCUUUUAUGACGCCAAAGGCGGCGCGUCGGGCUCAGGCAUUGCCUCUAAAGCUUUCGAAUUCGUGGACACUUUGCUUCGUCGCGCAGUCGACCGGAUCGAGUCAUGUGCUUGUAUCACACCACGUGGGUGUGUUGAAUGCGUGUGCGACGAGCGCUGCCCUGAACUGAACGUUGUGAUGAGCAAAGCCGGGGCAGGUGUUGUGCUCAAGAGUCUUUUGGGGUUAGAAAUAGAUGUCGAUGCGCUGCCAUGGGGCGAAAUGGGGAUGGCUCAAGAUUCUGGUGGUGGAGUCGAAGAAAAGGAGCUCCCCGCGGGAUUGGGGACGAUUGUCGCAGCCGUGGAGGUUAGAGGAAAGCCUGGCAAGGUGAAAUUGUAUGAAUAG